AUGAAGAACUCCUUAUUUACUAGACACAUUGGUAUUUUUUGUAAACUUAGAAGAAAUGUUUUUUCUAAUUUCCAUAAAAGUGAUAUAAAUGAUCAAAACAUCAUUCAGAUAAAUACUUUAAAUGAUAAUGUUAAUUAUAAUAACGAAUAUGCAUACGAAAAUUUAGAAAAAUGUGAAAAUCACAAUGAAGAUAGAGAUGAAUGUAGAAAUGAUAUUUUUGAUAUAAAUAAAGAAAAUAUUAUACAUUAUAAUUUGAUAAAAGAAAUUUAUUUAUAUGGAAUAAAUUUAAAUGUUGAUAUGUUUAUUUUAAAAAAUUCUAACAUUAUAUUUUUUCUUCAUAAUAUAAUUAAUAUAUAUAAUCCUUUAAUUAAAAGCUUAAAAACAAUUUUUACAAAAAACGAUUAUAACAUAACAUGUUCUUCUUUAUACAAAGAAUUGUUAAUAAUUGUUUUAUAUAAUUCAUUAAAAUAUUCUUGCAUACAAAUAUAUUGUAUAGAUGAACAUAUUCUUAAAGAAGAAAUUAUUUUAAACGAUUAUGAUUAUUAUGAAAAAAUUUAUAUUCAAAAAGAAAACAAUUAUUUUUUAUUGAUAACUAACAAAAGUAUAUUAAAAGUUUUUGAUUCAGAAAAAAGAAUUUUCAUUUUUAAUAUAAAUAUACAUCUAGAAUAUACUAAUAUUUUACAGUACUAUGAUUUUUUUAUAAUUUUAAGAAGAAGUAAAUUAUAUUUAUGGAAUCUAGAAAAAACAUAUACAGGUUUAAAACUAAAGGAAAAUAACUUGGAAUUAGAAGAAAAUAUUUUUGUCAAUUGUUUUUGUAUAUAUGAAAGAAAUAUUUUAAUUGUAACCUCAAAUGGAAAUAUAUUUUUGUGGAAGAAUUUGGAUGAAAAAAAAGAAAUUAAAAAUGAAAAUAUAGGAGAAUAUUUUCAUAAAGACAUAAUUACUUAUAUACAUUAUUAUGAAAAUCAUAUAACUACAAAAGGAAAUGAAUUCUUAAAAAUAUGGAAAUGCAAUUUUAAUAUUUCGAAAAUUUCAGAAAGAAAUAUUUUAACAAUUAGAUUAAUAAAAGAAUUUAAAAUUUCCAUAAAUAUUAAUAAAAUUAUUUCUCAUAAUAAUUUUUUUUUAAUUAUUGACAAAAAGAAUUGUACCGUUUAUGCAUCUAAAAAAAAUAAUUAUGAUGAAAUAGCUAUAUUUUAUAAUGAUCACAAUAGUAAAAUUAAAAAUAUUUUUUGUUUUAAUAAAAAUAUUUUUAGUUUUGGGACAAAUGGAAAAAUAUAUGAUUAUGAAAAAGAUGAUGAUGGAAUUGAAAGAAAUAUUUGUUUAUAUAAGUUCAAAAAUUCUAUUACAUGUCUAAAAUAUUUAUAUACUGAAAAUAAUUUUCUCUAUUUUUGUAUUGGUUUUAACAAUGGCUUAAUAAAAAUUAUUAAAAUAAAACAUUUAUAUUUAGAUAUUAUUUAUUCUUUAAAAACUAGUAAUAAUCAAAUUGUAAAAAUUGAAAAGAAUGAAGAAUGUGAAUUUAUAUGUGUUAUAUCUGAAAAGGAACCCUUUGUUUUUUUUUUAUUUAAAUGUUAUAAUGAGUUUAAACCAUUGGGUUAUUUAAAAAUUUCAGAGUGCCUUAUAAAAAAUUGCUUCUAUUUUUCUUUUUUCAAUUCAUUUUACUUAUUAGGAGAUCAUAAUUACUUAUUUAAAAUUGAUGUAGAAAGUUUAAGAGAAAUAAAAAAAAAAAAAAUUCUGGAAAUAGAUAAAAAUGAAGUAGAAAAUAAAAAAGAUGAAACAACAAAAAACGAAGAAAUAAAGAAAAAUGAAGAAAUUAAAAAAAUAAACAAAAUAAAAGAAAUAGAUAAAAAUGAAGAUGAGGAAACAAAUGAAGAUAAUAACAAUGUAUAUGACUUAAGUUUAAAAUAUGAAAUAAUUAAAAUACAAUUUAAAAAACAUGAUAAUAAUAAAAAAUAUAAAAGUGAUGAUGAUUUUGUUAUUUUUAAUAAUUAUGACAAUAAUAAUAAUGAAGAAAAUGAAUGUGAAAAUAUAAGUGGAAAUGAGUAUAAAUUAAAUACUUCUUCAAGCGAUUUAUCAGAUGAUUCAUAUAAUAAAAUGAAUUUUUACAGAGAUAGAAUUAUUCUAACAAAAAAUAUGAAUGAUACAAGUGUAGAAAAAAAAAAAAAUAUAAUUUGUGAAAAUAAAAAAAAAAAUUUAAAAAAAUAUAUUGAAAUUCUUUUCGAUGAAAAUACUAUGAAAAAGUUAGAAAAGUUAAAAAAAGAACAUCCUUCUUCUUUAAGCUUAAACCUUGAAAGAAAUGAAAGAAAAGAAGAAGAAAAAAGCUAUAAUUUCAAAAAUAUAGAAAAAGAUGAAAUAAAUAUAUGUAGCUUAGUUAAACUAAAAAAUAAAGGUUUUUUUAUUAGUACUUUUGGAAUAAAAAAUAAUUGUAUAUUUUAUUUAGAUCUUAAUAAUAAAGGAAUUAAAAAAAAUGGUUUUAAAACUAUAUAUCCUAUUAUUGUAUAUAGAAUUAAUAAUAAAUAUUUUCAAGAAAAAACCGUCAUACAAAAAAUGAUAAUAAAUGAAAAAAAUCACCUAUUAUUCUGUCUAACAAAUAAUAAUGAAAUAUACAUUUUUUCUAUAAAAUUUUUAUUCCUUUAUUAUUAUAUUAAAAUUCCAUUUUAUGAAAAAAUAAAAGACUUUUUUGUAAGCAAAGAUACCAAUAAACAAUAUAUAUUUAUAUGUUUACAUAACAAGUAUAUAAAAUUAAAUUUUACUUUUUCUCUUUUUCAUUUAUUUAAUAUCAGUAAAAGAUAUCAUUUAAAUAUAAGCAAAUAUUUGUAUUCAUUGAAAAAUAAAAAUUUGAUAACUUAUGAUUCUCUAUUUGGUUUUUUUGUUGAAGAAAUACAUGAUUACUUAGUAGAUCAAUUUCUAAAAAAAAAAAAAAAAAAGAACAACAUUAUUCCCUUUACUUUUGAAGAUUUAGAAAAUGAUUUAAAUUUUAUCAUUCAUUCAUUUAAUCUAGAAGAAACAGAAAAAAAAGAAAAUAAAAAAAAAGAAAAUGACAUAAUGGAUAUAUGGAAUUUUAUAAGAAAAAAUGAAAAGUCAGGUGAAAAAGAAGAAGCAGAAGAGAAUAAUAAAAAGAUUGUUUUGAUAUUAAAUUAUGAUCAAAAAAAUAUGAAUAUAUUUUUUAAUUUAAACGAUAAUAUUAAGGAUGAAGAUAUUCAAUAUAGCUUAAGAGAAACAAAAGAAGCAAAGAAAAAUGAAGACAAAAUAAGAAAAGCUUUGUUAUAUAAAAAGAAUGUUAAUAUAAAAAUAAAAAAACUGAAAAGAAAAUAUCAAAAAUUAAAUAGAAGAAAAAAAUUUAUAAUAGAUACUUAUUUUUCAUAUUACUUAUAUCUAAAUUUAAAGGAAAAAAUUCAAGACAUAAAAAAUUUCUUUAUAUAUAAUCAAAAAAUUUAUGAUAGAAGGAUAGAAUACCUUUCAAAAAAAUAUAUAAGAUUAAAAUUUACAAAAAACCCAUUGUAUAGUGUCAAUAAAAGUGUUUCUACAAAAGGAAUAAAAAUAUAUUUGAAAAAUAAUAAAUGUAAAGAAUAUAAAAAAAGUAAAAAAGAAAAGAUAAGAAAAAAAAAGGAAAAAAAAUCAUUCGAUAUAACAAGAGAAAUUAAUGAAUAUAUAGAAAAUUUUGAAAUAUUAAAAGAAAGAAAUAAAAAUUUAAAGACGAUAAAUGAUGAACAAAAAAUAGAAGAGAUAUCACAAAAAAAAAAAAUAAUAAAGAUGUAUGAAGAUAUAAUUUCUAAAUUAGAUCAAAUUAAUGAAGAAGAAAAAAUAAGUCAAUCUCCUAAAAAGAUAUCUCAUAUUACUGAAAUAAUUAGGAAUUAUGAAGAAAAUAAAAAAAAAUUAUUAAAUCAAAUAAAUUUUAUUAAAGAAGUAUUCAAUGAAGAUUUUAAUUUUUUAAAGUCUAGAAUUUCAUUUAAACUUAUCCGAUUAAAAGAUGAAAUAUUGUUUUUAAAAGAAGUAUUAAAAAAUGAAAAUAAAGUAAACAAUAAAGAAGAAGAAUAUUUGUGUAAAAAUAAUGAAAAAUAUGAUAAUGAAGAAAAAGAAAAUAAAAAAGAUGAAGAUAAAUGUAGUAAAAAGGAUGAAAAAGAAAAUGCCAAAGAAAAAAUAGACAAAAAAAAAAAAUUGGAACUAUUUCUACAAAAUACUAAAAGUUUUUUUUUUCUAAAAGAGAAAAAAACAAAAACAUUUAAAAUAUCUAGCGUCAAUUUUGAUCAGAAGUUUUUUGAAAAUAAAUAUAAAAGUUAUGAUAGAAAACACAUAGAAUAUUUAAUAGAAAAAAUGAUAAAACAAUUUGAUAAUCAAAUUUAUUCAUUAAAUAUGAAAAGAAUACAAGCUAUAAGGAUUAUAAAAUAUAUAUGUUUGAAAAUUAUUUCUAUUGAUGAAAAAAAUAAUAUAUUGAUGGAACUGCAAAAGAAAGAAAUAAAAUUAAGAAAACAAAAAAAAAAAUAUAUAAAAGAAAUGAAAAACAUUGAAAAUGAAAUAAAUAAAUAUAUUGAUGAUAUAAAGGUGUUCUUAGAAGAAUUGGAUAAUCAUAAUAAAAAUAGAGAUCAAAUAUUUGAAAAACUAAAACAAAUAAUGGGAGAUAAUAGUUUAUGUUAUGACAUCCUAAUAAAAAGUUUGAAAACAAAUCAUGAUGAAGGUUCAGGAGAUAGUGAAGCUAGUGAAAAAUCUGAUACAUUAGACGGUAAUAAUUCAAUUAUUGAUAUUUAUAAUAAGGAACAGGUAGAUUCAAUAAAAAGAGAAAAUUUAUUAAUUUCAAAAAGUAUCAAUAAUAUAAAGAAAAGUAUAGAUAAUAAAAAAAAUGAUCAAAGAAAACUAAUAAUUAAAAAGAAAAAUAUAGAAAAGGAAAUUGAGUUAAUAAAUGAAGAAAUUUCUAUAAUAGAAGAUGAUAAAAAGAAAAAUAUAUCUGAAGUGAAAUUUUACAUUAUGUUAAAAUUAUCAAAAUUAAGGAAUAUUGAUUACCUUUAUGAUAAAAAAAAAUAUCGUCUAAAUUUAGCAAGUAAUUGUACUAUUCUUAGUAUAGAACAAUAUAAAGAUAUAAUGAAAAAAAUGGAAAAUAGUACAAAACAAAAGGAAAAGUUUCUUUUUAAAUAUAAAAGUUUAAAAAAAAAAAAUAAAGAAUUAGAAAAUAUUAAUAAUCAUUUAUUAAAAAAAGCUAAUGAAAAGAAAAAAAUUUUAAAAAAUAAAUUAAAAAAGAAUGAUAUAACAUUUGAUUUUGAUGAUUUAGAAAAAAAAUUUCAAGAAAAAAAAAAAAAAUGUAUAUUAGAAGAAAUUAAAAAUAAAGAAAAUGAACACAAUCAAAGGAUGAAUAUAAUGAAUAAAGAAUUGAACGAAAAAGCUCGUCUUUUAAAUGAUGUAAAAAAAAAAAAUACUCUUCUAUUAGAAAAAAUUAACGAAUAUAUUCAAAUGCUUAAAAGGAUAAAAAGUGAAUAA